UUCUCUCGCCCUUUGCAUUCCCCUUCUACACUCCACGAGCUUUCUUUCGCUCCACACCUUCCUUCUUCCUACACCCAGUUCAUAUUCUGCACAUCACCAUGUUCGCCAAGCUCGCUGUUGUCUUCCUUGCUUUUACCGGCGCCUCGCUCGCCCUCCCGACCCGCUCCAUCGAGGCGCGCAACGUCGGCAGGGCGACUUACUACGAGCCGGCUGGCGGCUACGGCGCCUGCGGCAACGUCCUCCAGAACACCGACAUGGUCGUCGCUCUCUCCGCCGACCAGUACCUCGCUGGUGCCAACUGUGGCAAGCAGCUCACUGCAACCCACGCCGGCAAGUCCGUCACCGUCACCGUGGCCGACCUGUGCCCCGGCUGCGCCGCCAACGGCCUCGACCUCACCAGCGCCGCCUUCCAGCAGCUCGCUGCGCUCGGCGAGGGCAACAUCGACGUCGACUGGAGCUUCCUUUGAAU